CCGGCCGCUGGCGCCGCUACUGCUGCCGCCCCCGGGCCGCGAGUCCGCCGCCCGCCGCCCGGGGACCCGGCGAGGGGCGGGGGCAGCCCCGAACCGGCCCCGGAUCGCCCCCGCUCCUGUCUCACGCUUCCCGGAAAGUUUGUCCCUUUGCACUCUGCCCAGCCGCUCCGGGAGCCCCGCCGCGACGAGGGUUUCCCCUACAGCCCCAGCUGGCGUGGCCAGGCCCCCAGUGUAGGAUGGGGCUCCUCCUACGAGGGCCGGUGGCAGCCAGAACUGAUACAGCCCCCCUGGUCUGGGGCCAGGACACCAGCUGAGGAGGGUGGGAGUAUCUGGAGCCAUGGCUGGCGCCUCGGUGAAAGUGGCAGUGAGGGUUCGGCCCUUCAACGCCCGUGAGACCAGCCAGGAUGCCAAGUGUGUGGUCAGCAUGCAGGGCAGCACCACCUCCAUCAUCAAUCCCAGACAGAGCAAGGAUGCCCCCCCCAAAAGCUUCACUUUCGAUUACUCCUACUGGUCACACACUUCGGCCGAGGACCCCCAGUUUGCAUCUCAGCAACAGGUGUAUCGGGAUAUUGGAGAAGAGAUGCUGCUCCAUGCCUUUGAAGGCUACAACGUGUGCAUCUUUGCCUAUGGGCAGACGGGGGCUGGGAAAUCCUACACCAUGAUGGGGCGGCAGGAGCCAGGGCAGCAGGGCAUCGUGCCCCAGCUCUGUGAGGACCUCUUCUCUCGUGUUAGUAAGAACCAGAGCGCUCAGCUAUCCUAUUCUGUGGAGGUGAGCUACAUGGAGAUCUACUGUGAGAGGGUACGAGACCUCUUGAACCCCAAGAGUCGGGGCUCUCUGAGGGUCCGAGAGCACCCCAUCCUGGGCCCCUACGUGCAGGACCUGUCUAAAUUGGCUGUGACCUCUUACGCAGACAUUGCUGACCUCAUGGACUGUGGAAAUAAAGCGCGGACUGUGGCUGCCACCAACAUGAAUGAGACCAGCAGCCGUUCCCACGCCGUCUUCACCAUUGUCUUCACACAGCGCUGCCACGAUCAGCUCACUGGACUGGACUCAGAGAAGGUCAGUAAGAUCAGUUUGGUGGACCUUGCUGGCAGUGAGCGGGCUGACUCCUCAGGGGCCCGGGGCAUGCGCCUGAAGGAAGGCGCCAACAUCAAUAAGUCCCUGACUACUCUAGGGAAGGUGAUCUCGGCCCUUGCGGAUAUGCAAUCAAAGAAGCGGAAGUCGGAUUUUAUCCCUUACAGGGACUCUGUGCUCACUUGGCUGCUCAAGGAGAAUCUGGGUGGGAAUUCACGCACAGCAAUGAUUGCGGCCCUGAGCCCCGCGGACAUCAAUUAUGAGGAGACUCUUAGCACCCUCAGGUACGCCGACCGCACCAAGCAGAUUCGCUGCAAUGCCGUCAUCAACGAGGACCCUAAUGCCCGGCUGAUCCGCGAGCUGCAGGAGGAGGUGGCCCGGCUGCGGGAACUGCUGAUGGCCCAGGGGCUCUCCGCCUCCGCCCUGGGAGGCCUGAAGGUGGAUGAGGGGAGUCCCGGAGGUGCUCUGCCAGCUGUAUCGUCUCCCUCUGCCCCAGCUUCGCCCUCAUCCCCCGCAGCACACAACGGGGAGCUGGAGCCAUCGUUCUCCCCCAAUGCCGAGCCCCAGAUUGGGCCUGAGGAGGCCAUGGAGAGACUGCAGGAGACAGAGAAGAUUAUAGCUGAGCUGAAUGAGACCUGGGAGGAGAAGCUACGUAAGACGGAGGCCUUGAGGAUGGAGAGAGAAGCGUUGCUGGCUGAGAUGGGGGUGGCUGUCCGGGAAGAUGGGGGAACCGUGGGCGUCUUCUCUCCGAAGAAGGGACCACAGGAUGCCAGGGUCCCUGCCCUUAGGGGGAUUUCAAGAGCUGCUUAGAAUCUAGGUAUUUAU